AUGGGAAAACUCGUUAUCAAACUCAUUCGCGGAGGCGGUCGCCUGGUUUCCGACGCUAUCCAAGCCGCCCGGGAGGUACGGGAGCAGCGCGCUCAAGCCAAGAGCUCAACUUAUACCUCUCGUUCAAAUACCCCCGAUAUUCCCACCCACCACACCGGUCAUUAUGUUCUCGCGGACGAGGAAAUCGCGAGAGGCCUCAUUCAAGAAGGGCGCGCAGAGCUCCCAGCGUCAAAUGAACUGUCGAGCCAUCAACCAUGUGCAGAGCUACCGGCAGCCAACGAAAUAUCGCUACACCGAGAUUAUGCCGAGUUACCAUCUGUUUCCAACGAAUACCACCCGCAGCAAAGCCGGGACCUCGGACCGCCUUACCCAGUCGACGAGAAAGCAAACCAUAUAGCCAUUGAGCCCAUUGUGUCGCACGGGUAUCCCGACUCAAACGAGAUACACCACGAGCGGUUACCGACAUACGAAGAGUCAGAAUGGGCUCCUGUUGCCUUUUCGAGGACCGAGGGGACCGCAGAUUACCAGCGACCGAGCAUAGACCGUGUUCCGAUUGCUCAAACAGUACAUCCUAUUAGUGAUUUUCGAGGGGUCCAGCGCCCGGUGGUCAUUCCACAGUGCGCGUGCAGUCAUACCGCACGGGUCUAA